AUGGCCUCGGAAUCACCGCAGGUCGACAGAACGACGCCGAGAUCAAGGUCUGGAGACCGAGAGAGUCCUCUCCAGGCGGCUGACACGGCAAAGAGGAAGGCGGAACAAAGCAACGGAACGCACACGCGCGCAAAGCGGAAUCGUUACAUUUCCAUUGCAUGUAACGAGUGCAAGCGACGCAAGAUCAAGUGUAACGGACAAGUUCCAUGUCAGAGAUGCGGGCAUCUCAACCUGGAAUGCCGAUAUGCGCCCAAUUGCUGCAACAACAAUUUCAAAGAAUCCGAGGAAUUUCGGUCAAUCACAGCCCAGCUAAAUUCCCUGCAAGAUCAGGUCCAAGGCCUUCUAUCAAACAUUAAUGAACUGAAAAGUCAAAAGUCCACGUUCGAGUCUCCAGUCUUCGAUGUCGUUUCUCAGCCUGUCUUCGCUCCUUUGCCCUCCAGUGCCCUUUCAAAGUCAAGAUCUCAGCAUCCACGAUUUCAUGGCCCAACCAGUUCCGCUUUCAACUUUGACGUGGCCAAGAACAGUCUACAAAACAUGGGCAUCAACCCCGCCGAUGACGGCGUCGCUGAUGGUAUGACGACCGCCAACGCAACGCCAAUGGAGUCACCGCCUCCGCACAUGGGUCAGCUCGUGACUACGGUACAUCCGACGAAAGAUCCGAUCUGGACGAUUCAUCGAGACGAGGCUGUGAGACUGUGUCAAGUCUACGAGGAAGAAAUCGGCAUGAUGUACCCUAUAGUGGAUAUCAAAACUGUCCUUACCCAGGCCAACCUUUUGUACACCUUCAUGGAAGCUGCGACGCGAACAGGCUUUGCGCAAAGGGGCUUACCGGGGUCAGACGGCCUACAGGAUGACAGCACGGUCAUUCUGAAACUCAUAUUGGCAAUUACAUUGACCGUAGAAGGUGGUGGCCAAAGUGAUCUCGGUCAACGUCUGUAUCUUUCGGUCAAGCCUGUUGUUGAGUCCAAGCUAUGGGAGCCUCACGAUAUCAAAUAUAUUCAGCUAUUUGCUCUUGUGGCGACCUAUCAUUUUCACACUGACGACGAUGCCAUGGCGUACCGACUCAUCGGGCUCGCUGCUCGGAUGUGUCUAGAGAUGGGUCUUCAUAGACGAGACGCGUUGACCAAAUCAUUUCCCAAUGAGACACAAAGGAACGAGGUUGUAACGUUAUUUUGGUCGGUGUAUAGCCUGGAUCGUCGGUGGAGUCUGGGAACAGGCUUACCCUUUGUUAUUCAAGAUGAGGAUGUUGAUUCUAAUCUGCCAGAACCAGACUCGUCUUUACUGUAUCUGAAAUGUAUGAUCACAUACAAUCGUAUCGGCUCAAGAAUCUGGUACUCGGGUCUCGGGUCUGAAGGAACAACAGACGUCAGGCGCGAUGGCAUCGGCUACCUGGACUAUCAAGUCUUGCAGUGGUACAAACAGGUACCUGAUGACCUGAAAUUUUAUCCUGCAGAGUCCCCGAAGAAUGGAGACUCUGCAAGCCGAGGCAAGAGACGCCUGCGUGUGCUUUUAUACCUGCGUAUGAACCAGCUGCGGAUUCUCAUCUAUCGACCGGUACUCCACUCCGCAGCAAGCAUCAUGGAAGAUCGUGGUCACGCGCAAACGGUGGUUGAUGUGGCCAAGGAUACAGUGCGAGUCUUGACUCGCCUCAACCAAAUUUCUGACAUUUAUCGCACGCAGCAAAUCACCUUCAACUAUUUUCUGGUUGCCGCAUUGGCAGUUCUAUUCCUCGCCGUAUGCCAUGCCCCGAACGACUUCAACCGGCAAGUUCGCGAUGAGUUCUACAUGGCCUUGGAUCUGGUGAACGGGUUCAGCACAAAGUCGUAUGUGUCCAGGCGGCUCUGGAAUACCAUCAAGGGACUUCGCAAGAUUGGAGAGAAAUUGGGGGUUUUUGCUCGUCCCUUUGGUCCCGAUGGCAGCGAUCCUCAUUCGACGGCCGCAGUGGCCAUGGCUGGACUGGCUGGCCAUCCUAUCGAAGACCUGUCAAUGUACGGGCAAAUCAGCGGGACGCAGGAGCUGGGAAGCAGCCCUCUAAAUGGCCUCCAGAUCUCACAUGAGCUGACGAAUAUCUUUGAGGCGGUCGGAGCCUUUGGUCACUUUGCGCCUGAUCAAACUGGCUGCACAAACAGCAUGGGCGUUUUCCAUGGCGGUGACGGCGACAUGCGAAAUACUGGGGAGGGGCUUUCAGGUAUACUGGGGGGUGAAGAGGAAUUUUCUCGUAUUAUUCGUGAUUUGUUCUGA